UGCUCGAUGCGCUUGCGUGUUAGAUGCGGAAUGUGAUCUGAGUUGCUUAGAGGAUAUGCUUGAAGGUCGUCAGGCUAGCUUUAAUUCUAGAGAAGGGAGGUGUAAGUGAAAUUCUGACAGAAAUCUUGUAUUUUGUGGCUAUUUUAGGAAGGUCUUGGGGGCAAAGAUGAAGAGCAGCAAUGUGUUUUAUCUUGUCUACACCUUGUCUCUCCUCUUUGGUCUACUUUGUAUAAUAUUUGUGACUACAUGGAGUAAGGGCUACAGAGGAGGCUUUGCCUGGGAUGGAACAGCGAAGAUGUUUAAUUGGCAUCCUGUCUGCAUGGUGACUGGGCUUGUUGUCCUUUAUGGGAAUGCUAUUCUUGUAUACAGAUUGCCCUUCACCUGGUCCAGCAACAAGUUGAUCCUAAAGUCAGUUCAUGCUACACUAAACCUUGGUGCAUUGUUUUUUGCUGUCAUUGGGUUACUAGCAGCAUUUGGGUUCCACAAUAAGAUGCAUAUUCCCAACUUGUAUUCUAUGCAUAGCUGGGUGGGAUUUGCAGCAGUCAUUCUCUUUGGCUUGCAGUGGCUGCUGGGAUUCCUGGCAUUUUUGCUGCCUUGCACACCUCUCUGGCUUCGAGCUGCUUACAAAGACCUGCAUGUUUUCUCUGGACUUUGCAUCUUGGCAAUGACUAUUGCUGCUUCUCUGUCAGGAAUUAAUGAAAAGUUAAUAUUUGUACUCAAUGCUCCAAACUCAACUGCUCCCUAUAAGAAGCUUCCACCUGAGGCAUAUUUGGCCAACACUUUGGGAGUGUUACUCUUGUGUUUUUCACUGACUGUAGCCUGGAUGCUCCUCAAACAUGAAUGGCAGCGACCAAAUGCACAUACAACUGCACCCAGCGAUGCCACAGAGCCACUUCUGACUGAAAACUAAAUGAGGAAAUCACUGAAGCUUCUGUAUGCAGUUGAAGAAGCCAGUCUUGAGAUUUGCAUACUAAUAUACCACUGUACUGAACUACUGAUUCCUCACAAUGAUGGUCUUGUCCCCCAAAGCAUUGAUUUCAAAGUAAUUUUACUGUUACAAUAUUUGCCAAGUCUAAGAACAGGCAAGAUAAAUAUUUGAUGGGCCAAGUUGAUAUUUUAUUUGAAAAUGAAUUUAAAUGUCACUAGCAAUGCCUAAAAGGUGAGAAGUGGAAUGACUUUCCAUCUGCUUUACAGUUUAGACUUGCAGUCAGCCAGUUCAAAAAGCUGGGCCCUGCACAUAACCAACUUGGUUAACAACAUUGUGCUGCACUUUACAUUUGAAGGCAGCAACUUUACUUUAAAAAAAAAUCAUGUUUGAAUGAAGAAACUUGAACUCUUUUUUGCUUGCUGGAAAAAGUAAUCUCUAGGCUUGUUAACUAGCCACCAUUUAAAGCAGAUUUCUAUCAUUGACCAAAGCAUUUUCCAAGAAAAUGGUUUUCAAAUCUGUGCUUUUCACUUCACUUAAGGAAAGAGGAACUGAUCUAGUUGAUGGAAUAGAACAGCACAUUGACAUGUAUUUCUAGAACCUAGAUUGUAAUCCUGAGCUUUUUGAAGUUCUGCUCCACAGUGCAAUGAAUUAUUAACCAAGCAUUUUGGGACUACACAUGAAUCCAGCUCAGAUUAUUGGGAUGAAUCUCCAUGUUUAUGGCACUUGAUUGUAAUGAUUGUAGGUAGUCCCUACUGUCCAAAGCUAGGUUCUGACUACAGUUCAAAAAUUAAUGUUUGCACAAGAUAUCCACAAGUUUUAAUGAUAUUCUGUUGUAGGUUCAGUUAGCUGCCUAACAGCAGUAAGAGCUCCACUCUACACUUGCACUUUAUCUGACUUUGUUUGAUGGGUCAACAGCCUUUUUAAUGUACUCCUGGAGUACAAGAAAUCACUUUAUUGGGAGAGAAGCGAAGCUAUUAGUACUAUGACCAAAAGCUAUUUUUUGUUUUUGAUUGGUUUUAGAUAUAAGAAUCAUUUGUCAAUGUAUUUAAUGUAUACAACCAUAUAAAGGAUUCCUGAUGUUU